AUGCCCACCUCCCGGCUUUGGGCAGUGGACGUGCAUGGGCGGGUCUACAGCCUGUCCACGGCAGGUCAACAGUGGGAGCAAUGCCGUGAUGCCCAAUUGGAAUUCAAGCGGGUGACCGCAGCUCAGCAGUGCUGCUGGGGCAUAGCUUGUGACAACAAAAUCUACCUGAACGUUUACGCUUCUGACGUCCACAUCCGCUUCCAAGAGGAGACAUAUGAGAAUCAACGAUGGAAUCCUGUUGAUGGUUUCUCUGAGCGAUUGCUGCCCAGUGACCGCUGGCAGUGGAGUGAUGUCACUGGUUUACAGCACCAACCUCCCUCCAAUUUUACGCUACCUUCUAGCAACUGGGAGUGGGAAGGUGACUGGUAUGUGGAUGAGAACUUUGAGGGGGAAGACACAGAGAAAGAGGGCUGGACGUACGCCAUUGACUUCCCAGCGGUUUACACCAAGGACAAGAAAUGGAACUCCUGUGUACGUCGGAGGCGAUGGCUUCGUCACAGGAGGUACAAAAGCAUGGACUUUUGGGCCGAGAUCCCUUCACAGAAGACUUCAUUGCCAGAUCCCUUUAGUGAUAUUAGCUGUGGUGGAUGGGAGAUAACCGAGGAACCCCGUGGCCAUCUUUCACUUUGGGCUGUUACACUCCAGGGGAAGGUUUGGUUCAGAGAAGGUAUCUACCAUCAAAAUCCUGAAGGUUCUUUGUGGCGGGACAUCUCCCUCCCUGGUGAGGUGGUCCAGAUUAGCUGCGGCCCUGGAGAACUGGUGUGGGCAGUGCUGUGGGAGGGUCAGCUGAUUGUUAGGGAGGGUGUCGGCCGAGACUGUCCCCAAGGUACCUCCUGGUCUAUAGUGGACUCUCCCAGUCCAGAUGUCGGUGCAAUGCAUGUGGCUGUGGGAGUCAAUGUUGUUUGGGUUUUGACUAAGGACAACAAAGUGUGGUUCCGGAGAGGUGUUAACUCCCACAAUCCUUGUGGCUCUGGCUGGAUCAGCAUGGUUGGAGAAAUGGUCAUGAUUGAUGUUGGACUCAAUGAUCAGGUGUGGGCCAUUGGUUGUGAGGACCGUGCCGUGUAUUUUCGCCAGGGUGUCACGCCUAGUGAAAAGAGUGGUAAAACCUGGAAGGCUAUCUCUGUUCUCAGAGAUGGGGAUCGAUCUCAUUCCAGUGCCAGCAGCCAGCAGAGUGCUGGAUGUUACUUCAGUGAAUUGAAUCCUCCGACUGUGGUGAGUGAUGUGGAGUCUGAUGCAGAAAAAGGCUCCACAGAUGAAGCCAGUUGUUCCAAUGCCAACAAUGAACUCUCUGAUCAGCCCACUGAUACCCCCAAACCUCUCAUCCCAAAAGUCACCAGUGACAGCUUCAUCUCUCAGUUGGUUUCUGACAGUGAGCCAGCCUCUGCUGAACUUCCGCAGGAGUAUAGCAUCCCUGAAGAAGGAGAUAACAGCACUCUGAGCGUCGAUUUGGUUCAGACUGCAGGCCCGGUUGACUCCCAGUGGAGUAAUGUGAAUCUGGAAGAGGUGCAGAACCAGCAGGUCCAGACUGGAGUUUUGUCAGACUCUGCAGAAACCUCCAGCCUGUCCUCUGUAGCUAUGUAUUCCCUCGCCAUGGAAGAACCUUAUGGGGUGGAUGAGCACCCUCUCUGGGCAUGGGUCAGUGGAGGCGGCUGCUCUGUGGAUUGUCAUUCCCAACCUAAUUGGUUCCAAAGCACCGUGAACUCAUCAUUGUUAGCCCAGUCUGUCCAGUCCCUGAGCCUGUCUGUCACACCAGCCCAGAUGGCUGACUGGCGGAGACAAAUCUUUGAGCAACUCAGUGAGAGGACCAAGAGAGAGCUGGAUGAUUUCAAACAUUAUGAGCAAGCUAUUGAGCAGUGUGUGUGGGUGAAGAAGGGUACCAUGCAGUGGUGGAGGGACUGGAACCCGCACAAAUGGGUAGAUGUUAAUUUUGCAUUGGAGCAGUUCUCGGGACCAGAUGGCAACAAAGAUGGCAUCAUUUUUGUCUAUUAUAACUACUAUGAGGAGAAGAAGUACCUGCAUGCCUUCAUCAAUGAGGUCACAAUUCUUGUGCCUGUGCUCAAUGAUGCCAAACACACAUUUGCCAUUUAUACGCCCGAGCGGAUCAAAAAAAGGUGGCCAAUACGAGUGGCAGCUGCAACAGAGCAGGAAAUGCACGACUGGUUAGCACUGUUGAGUGCAUCCUGCUGUGACUCCAGAGGCAUUCGAGGUCCUCCUUCUAAACAAGCCAUCUGGUCCAUCACUUGUAAAGGGGACAUCUUUGUCAGUGAACCUACCCCCAGUCUAGAAGCGAUGCCAUACCCCACUCCCUGCGACCAGAUGUUCUGGCGUCAGAUUGGAGGUCAUCUGCGCAUCGUGGAGUGUAACAGUGUUGGAAUCGUGUGGGGGAUUGGUUAUGAUCACAAUGCCUGGGUCUAUGCCGGGGGCUAUGGCGGUGGCUUUCUCCAGGGUCUUCCCACUUGUAAUGACCAGAUUUACACUCAGACUGAUGUCAAGAGCGUCUACAUCUAUGAGAACCAGAGGUGGAACCCUGUGACCGGCUACACCAACCGAGGUCUUCCUACUGACCGCUACAUGUGGAGUAACGCUUCAGGUCUGCGUGAGUGCACGAAAACAAACACCAAGCCUCCAUCCCCUCAGUGGACAUGGGUAUCUGAUUGGGCCAUUGAUUACAGCGUCUCCGGGGGAACAGACCGAGAAGGCUGGCAGUACGCUGCUGAUUUCCCAGCGUGGUAUCACAGCCAUAAAACUAUGAAGGACUUUGUAAGACGCAGGAGAUGGGCCAGGAAGUGCAAAUUGACUACGACAGGUCCCUGGCAGGAAGUCCCGCCCAUUCAACUGAGUGACGUGACCAUCUUGCCAUGCCCACCCAACAGUGAUGUGGAUGUGGUACCUUUAUGGGCAAUUAGCAACAAGGGAGAUGUACUCUGCCGACUUGGUGUGACUGCACUAACACCUGCUGGAACGUCAUGGCUUCAUGUAGGAACCGACCAGCCUUUCAUAUCCAUCUCCAUCGGGGCUGCAAGCCAGGUUUGGGCUAUUGCCAAGGACGGUUCUGCCUUCUUUAGGGGUUCUGUUUUUCCUCAAACCCCUGCAGGCGAGUGCUGGUACCACAUCCCUUCCCCGACCAAACAAAAGCUGAAACAGUUGUCUGUUGGAAGGACAUCAGUCUACGCUGUUGAUGAUAAUGGUAAUUUGUGGUACCGGACAGGGUUGACCCCUAGUUAUCCUCAGGGCUCAUUGUGGGACUAUGUCUCUAAUAAUGUGCGCAAAGUUUCUGUUGGGCCUUUUGAUCAGGUUUGGAUCAUCGCAGACAAGGUGCAGGGCAGUCACAGUCUGAGUCGUGGGACAGUGUGCCAUCGACUAGGAAUCCAUCCUUUGCAGCCCAAAGGACAGUCUUGGGACUAUGGAAUUGGGGGUGGGUGGGACCACAUCACAGUUCGAGGGAAUGGUAUGGAGCCCCCACGUUUCAGUCUCUCUUCUCAAGAAGACACUCCUGGGAAUCCCUAA